UCACGGACCCCUGUGCUGCACCCGGAUGUGUGCCUGGCCUCCUGGAGGGGCUGUGUGCCCAGCAGGGCCUCUUCCUACCCCAUCCUCUUGGCUGUCUUAGGACCGCUCUUCUGCUGUGCCUGGCACAUGGACACGCCUGGUGCUGUGACAUUGAGACUCCAGACGCAGGAGCAGUUAUCAGACCUUGUGGUGGGAGGUUCGGCAGAGGGGUCGUGUCUGUCUCGGGCCUCUGGGGCAGGGCACAGGGGUCCUGCGUGCCCACCGGCCCACAGCAGGCAGCACUGUGCAACGUCCCGUCCAUUUCCUGGCAGCAUGGCGCUCUCUGGCCCGGAGGUGGAGAAGCAGGCGCCGGAGGAGCCCCAGCCCGGCCGUGAGCAGCAGUCCUGGUGGUGCCUGGUGUCCUUCCUCUGCUUCUACGGCUUCAUGGCCCAGAUGCGGCCUGGGGAGAGCUUCAUCACGCCUUACCUCCUGGGCCCCGACAAGAACUUCACGCAGACACAGGUCACCAACGAGAUCACGCCGGUGCUGUCCUACUCGAACCUGGCCGUGCUGGUGCCCAUCUUCUUGCUGACUGACUACCUCUGCUACAAGCCGGUGCUGCUGCUGCAGGGCCUGAGCUACGUAUCUGUGUGGCUUCUGCUGCUGUUUGGCUCCACGGUGUUGCACAUGCAGUUCAUGGAGUUCUUCUUCAGCAUCACCAUGGCUGCCCGCAUCGCCUACUCCUCCUACAUCUUCUCGCUGGUGCCCCCUGCCCGCUACCAGCAAAUGGCCAGCUACUCGCGGGCCUCGGUGCUGCUGGGCGUCUUCACCAGCUCGGUGCUGGGCCAGCUGCUGGUCACCAUGGGCAGGGUCCCCUUCUCCACGCUCAACUACAUCUCGCUGGCCUUCCUCACCUUUAGCCUGGUGCUGGCGCUCUUCCUGAAGCGCCCCAAGCGCAGCCUCUUCUUCAACCGCGGAGCGCCCGUGCGUGCCGGGGCGGCGCCCUCCGAGCUGGACCAGAUGAACCCGGGCCAGGCGCAGGCCGCGGGCGUGAAGCCGGGCUGGCCGCCGGCCGCCUGGCGGGACUCGACGUUCGUGCGCAUGCUCGGAGAGCUGGGCCGCGUGGUGCAGCUGCCGCAGCUGCGCCUCUGGUCUCUCUGGUGGGUCUUCAACUCCGCCGGCUACUACCUGAUCGUCUACUACGUGCACAUCCUGUGGAAAGUGGUCAACCCCACCACGGACACCACCAGGGUCUACAACGGCGGGGCGGACGCCGCCUCCACGCUGCUAGGUGCCCUCACCUCCUUCGCCGCGGGCUUCGUGAAGAUCCGCUGGGUGCUGUGGGCCAGGCUGGUCAUCGCGGUGGUGACGCUGCUGCAGGCGGGGCUGGUGUUCCUCAUGUACAAGACCGACAACAUUUGGUUGUGCUACGUGGCCUUCGUGCUCUUCCGCGGCUCCUACCAGUUCCUGGUGCCCAUCGCCACUUUUCAGAUCGCGGCUUCUCUUUCUCAAGAGCUCCGCGCCCUGGUCUUUGGCAUCAACACAUUCCUCGCCACCGUUCUCAAGACCAUCAUCACCCUCAUCGUCUCCGACAAGCGAGGCCUGGGCCUCCCGGUCCACUCUCAGGCCUUCCUGCAGUGGGUCCUGCUCAUGGGACAGCUCUCUGUGGGGGCAGAUGAGAGCGGAGCUCCAGAGUUGACUGACCUUGGUGCCUGUCAGCCCCCUUCCCGACCCCUCCCUCCAUCCAGUCCUCUGUCUCCCGAGAAGAACAUGAGACCUGGGACACGCUCAGGCUGGACUCCCGGUGCCUCGGCCAGGGCAGGACCUCUGAGUGAGCUGGAACUAGCCAGAUUCCUCAUCUACUUCGUCUACUUCCUGCUGCUCUUCGCCGCCUACUUCCUUGCCGCCGUGCUGGUGGGCCUGCGCCACUUCGAACAGAGCCGCCACCAGCCCCUGCCGCCGGCCCAGGAGCUGGUGAGUCCCGCGCAAGAGAAGGUCACGCAGGACGGAGCCCCGCUCCCAGCCCCGGAGGAUGGUGUGCUUGCCGUGUGAGGCCAAGGCGUGACCUCAGCUGACCUGCCGUCCCGCCUGGGGGACAGUCAGAUUCCUGACGCCGCAGGCAGCAAGCCAGGCCUCGACCUCAGAGCUCCCUGUCUUCUCUGUGUCAGCAGCCAGGUCUCCGGCAUCAUGUCCACAUCAUCACCUUGUGGCAACUGUGACUGAGGCCCUGGUGGUCUGUCCUUGGGACCCAUGGUCCGAGGGCCACUUGCCUCCACGAGGGGUCCUUGACUUGCAUUAUGGCACCCAGAGCACGGCCCCUCUCGGCCCUGCUUCAUGCCCUGGCUGUGACCCCCAGCCUGCAGGGCACCCUGGCUACUGGGGGCUGGUUUGCUGUCCCUGCCUACACAGGGCCAGUGGUGGGGCCCAGGUACCCACCAGGCCUCCCUGCUUUCUCCUCCUUGGGGGGCAAGUCCCACUUGUUCCAGGGAACCAGCAAAGUGGUCCCAGAUGCCAGUCUAGGGGACCCGGCCCCCACGGGAUAUGCUGGGCUGUGGGGGCGUGUUCCUGGGCCCGUGGCUAAACUGUGACAUUUGCAGUUGUCCAGGUGAUUGUAUUUUCAGUGAUGCUCUGUACCUUUUUUAAAAAAUGGACAUAAGUGCAAAUCCUUAUCUGGCUUGUUUCUGGGGGAGAAACUGGGCCCUGGGGGAGGGCUGGUUCUGUCCAGUGGAAGCACCUCAGUUCCAGACCUCACCCCAGAUCCUCUCCCUCCUUUGCUCAGAGCUGGGUUGAUGCUGUCCCUUUCCUGGGGGACAACCGGGAGGGGACUCGCCUGUGCCACUCUGGGCGCUGCCCGGGCGCCUGAGAGGCAGUCGUACACCCUCUGAGAUGUGAUGCCCAGACACAUGAUGUGGACACGCAACCCACAUGAGGGGGCACCUGAUUCCAUGUGUCCACCAGGCCAGCGGAGGGACCCAGCCCUGUCCCCAGCCACAGGCAAGGACCGGACCCUGACCUGAGCUGAUCCUGGCUCCUGUGGCCUCUGGCCUUCAUCCAAGGUCCACAGAAAAGGCUGCUGCUCCAACUUCAGAGCAGGAUGCCUGCUGGGGGCAGGGCUUCCAGCUGGCUGCCCCUGGGGUCUCCGAGGUUGGCUUGGGUGAGCGGGGCAUCUCGGGGCACCCUGAGGGUUGAGGAAGAGGCUGGACCUGCGGUAAGUCACAGCCACCAGGUCAGUCAGGGUGGGUGGUCCCCUGGUUGGGUCGUGGGAGACGCCACAGCUGCCCCCUGGACCCUGCCAGGAAGAGGCAGCAGCCAGCACCGGUUCCUCCAUCCUCGGGGAACCAGCGGGGCUCCGAGGGAAGAGGGCUCGCCUCUGCUACUGACCCAGGAGGCAGGGCUCUGCUCCGGGCCCCCAUGACCUGCCCCGGACCCCACACCUCCUGGUGUGGCUGGCCCAGUGGCCCGGUCCUCCUGCUCCCCCUGCAGCCUCCCACAGUCGCUGGCCCCCUGCUCGGCCUCUGCCACCCCCACUGCUGAGCUCCUGUUCAGUGCAAUGUGCGUGCCCCUCAGGGGUCAGACACCUGCAGCAGCUGUGGGAGGCUGGGUCAGGAGCCCAAGGCACAGACUCCCUGCAUGGCUCUGAGGGGCUUGUGAGGCUGCUGGCUGCCCCCAGGGAGACCUGAGAGAAGAUGGGUAUGUGGCACCUAUGGCCUCCACCAACCAUUACAUCCAUGUAUCUAUAUCUCACAUCUGUGUGCACCUAUGUGUAUUUGCUCACAUCUGUGUGCCUCUUAUGUCCAUGUACACCUAUGCACACCUGUACAUAUCUGCAUGUAUAUGUAUAUCCGUGCACACCAGUGCACACCCGUGGCAGCUCUCUAUAUCCAUGCACAUCUGAG